AUGAAUUGAGAUCUCAGCCAAACUUUUAAUAAUAUUUACACAGGACCUUUCUGAGGAAGGAAAGAAAAACUGAACUGAAAAACGGCGAAGCAAAUCAAGAAAUGCAGUCCUCACUUCCAUGCCCUCAUGCAACAACAACAUACUUCAAAUCUCUAGAGAAACCAAGACCCCCUUAUCUAUUAUACCCUAAUCCCUUACUUUCAUUUCCCAAACCUUCCAAUUCAUCAUCUUUGUGCUUGACACUAAGAUCCCAAUCCCACAAACAACUACCCAAUAGACCCAUCAAUUCGUUGACUUCCAAUAGUUUUCAAAUUCACUGCGGCAUUUCAUCAAACAGUUACAAUGCUAACAACAAGAAAAGUGUCAGAGAUUGGAUUGAGUGGGUUGGUGAAGUGAUUUCCACUGCAUUCCCGCUAUGGGUUUCUUUAGGAUGUCUACUUGGACUGUUCAAGCCAAGUUCUUUCAGUUGGGUUACCCCCAGAUGGAGUAUUUUUGGUCUUACUCUUACUAUGCUUGGUAUGGGUAUGACUCUUACUCUAGAUGAUCUUCGUGGUGCCCUUGCUAUGCCUAAAGAGUUGAUAUCUGGUUUUGUGCUCCAAUAUUCGGUUAUGCCUUUAUCUGGGUAUUUCGUUAGCAAGCUCUUAAAUUUGCCAUCUCACUAUGCAGCUGGUUUAAUAUUAGUUGGUUGCUGUCCUGGUGGUACAGCAAGUAACAUUGUCACAUAUCUUGCCCGAGGAAAUGUGGCACUUUCCGUGUUGAUGACCGCUGCAAGCACUCUAUCUGCUGUGAUUAUGACCCCCUCUCUCACAAGCAUUCUGGCUGGGAAAUAUGUUCCAGUAGAUGCUGCUGCACUGCUAAACUCAACACUGCAGGUGGUGCUUCUUCCUGUAUUGGGUGGUGCAUUCCUAAAUCAGUAUUUCCAUGGCUUCGUUAAAUUUGUUUCUCCUUUGAUGCCAAGCAUUGCUGUCGGAACUGUUGGUGUUUUAUGUGGAAAUGCAAUUGCCGAAAGUUCUUCCGCAAUUCUUGCAUCUGGUCUACAAGUUGUGCUAGCUUCAUCCCUUCUUCACGCAUCUGGAUUUUUCUUUGGCUAUGUCCUUUCACGGAUGCUUCGGCUUGAUGUGGCUUCAUCACGAACCAUCUCCAUUGAGGUUGGCAUGCAGAACUCGGUUCUCGGAGUUUUUCUUGCUACUCAUCACUUCCAAAAUCCACUGACGGCAGUACCAUGUGCAGUGUCCAGUGUAUGCCACUCAAUUUUGGGUAGUAUAUUGGCCGGAAUUUGGCGACGCGAUGUGCCAAAGCAGAACCAGGAUUGAUAAUGAUAUAUCUAUAUAUCUAUAUAUAUAUUUCAAUAUUCUUAGAAGAAACAUUGAUAGAUGCAGAUUUGUAUCUAAGGUUAGCCAUUGUCUCUUUUAGAGACAUUGGAUAUCUCCUGUAUCCAGAACAGGAAGAGGCAGGGCUUGGAUAUGCAAUGCAAACUUCCCUAUAUUUCAGAGGGGUCAAAUUCUGCUAUAAGUUCCUGUACUUUUGAGUUGUGGAUUUAAUCUCUAUACUUCAAUUUAUUCAAGUUUAGUUUUUAUACUUUUCAAAUUA